AUGUCCGGUUGGAAUUCUUCAUACGUUUUUGGUAAUGAUUUGAUAAGCGGUUGGGGACCCAGCGAAUUCGGACAAAGGAGAGGAGCGUCGGAAGCAGAAGUUACCGCCUUAUCAUUGACUUUUGUCUUAUCAGUCGUGCUAAACGUGUCCAUAGCAUGCGCGGUUUUACGUUACAGAGAAAUGCGUACGAUAACAAAUUGUUUUCUAUUGAAUUUAACAGCCGCGGAUUUGGUGUUCGCGAUGGGGAUUCCGUUCGUUGCCGUGACAAGAAUCACUCAAAAUUGGAUAUUGGGUGAUGUGACUUGUAGAAUUUUGCCUUAUUCUCAAUUUGUCUGCGGUUUCGUCCUUUUGUGGACUCUUACACUCAUAAGCAUCGACAGGCAUCGAUGUAUUGUCGUACCACCGUACAGAUCAAAAUUAACAUCGAAACUUGCCGGUGCACUCACAUUCGGAACGUGGCUAUUGGCAGCCAUACUUUUUUUACCCGUCGCAUUUUGGUUCAGACAAGAAAAAAUUGAUCAAAAGACGCUUAUAUGCACUCUAGUUUUUCCAAGUUCGAACGCGAUAAAUUUUUCGUUGCUUUUCACGAUUCCCGUUGUGUUGUUCACGUGUUUGUUACCAAUGAGCUUAUUGGUUUUUUACUACCAAAGAAUAUUUAAAAAAUUAACAAAGACUAAAAAUCGUUGGUCUAAUAAUACUCAAGUCACGAUGAUAUCGAGCAUAUCAGAUCUCAAUCCGAAUCCUCCACCGAAUUCUAGGAGGCAAAGCGCGUUAAGCAUAAUCGGAGGAGCAUUCACUAGUCCGUUGUCUCGUAAAGCAUCCACGAGUAGUCAAACAGUUUUCAAUACAGGUUUGAAAAUGAGAGCGGGAUCUCUGUCGCAACACGAAGAACUUCGUCUCGCGAAACACGUUCGAGUCGUUAGGAUAUUGUUGUUGAACGUUGUAGCUGUUCUUAUAAUGUGGCUUCCUAUCACGAUAAUAAUGUUUCUCAUUUACGUCGACGGUAGUCGUCCUAACGAAGACACAAAUUUCUUUUUAAGAUCUCAUCAUUUUAUAUGGUCUUUGCUCAUAGCAUUGCUCAACACGAUAGUCAAUCCAUUGCUGUACGGAGUCCUUUCGGAAAAUUUCAGAUCGUAUUUUGUGAGACUUUGGCUCAAUUCGAAAAGGAAAAAAAAAUGGCAGAAUUAUACGGGUGCUCCAUUGAAAGGCAACAACGUGAGCAAAUCAAACAAUGACGACACGGAAAGAAAUGUUAACGAAGAAAAUGCAACGAGCGGCGGAAAUGAAUCUCCGAGAUCCACGGGAAGAUGGAACGAUGCUUAUUCGGCGUCACAAAUCAAAGGACACGUUUACACUCGACCCAUGUAA